UCGCUCAAACAGUAACCUGCGGCACAUGGACGAAGUUGGAGAUAAAGUUUGAAGAUACAUUACUUUCUACACCAAACUAAUUUUGAGACGAAUAGGUUCUCGUAUCUUUUCGAGUAGUCGGGGGAACCUUCAAAAACAACAGCAAAACACGUUUUUUUUUUCAUUGAUCAAUAUUCAAUCAAAAGUUAAAUGUACAAACAUUCUCGCUUGCGGUCCGUUUCGCACUCCUUUAUGUCGGUUUUUCUGCAAGACGUCGAUGCCUGUGCGCUGCUUCUCAUUCAUUCGGCAAAGAAGAGCACCCCGCGCCCAACCAUACAAUGAAGCAGUGUGUCCUUGUCGGACACAAUGCAGCAAGAUGCUACGAAGCGGACGACAGUUUCUCGCAAGACUCGGGACGUUUUCGCUCGAUUGCAGAAAGAGAGAUCAGCUUAAGAAUGAAGCUUUAGCCUCUGCAUGAAGAGCUAUGAGCAACACACAGACUAGACCCUAGACGUCCAACUACAAAGUCAGGACUCAAGAAUGAAGACCAAAUAUGCAAUUGUCUUCAUCUGUAUCGUCGCCCUGGUCAUCAUUGAAAAGGAAAGCAACAUACUAUCAAGAGUCUCUGAUAAACUGAUCCAGAGGCAGGCCCCACAGCAGACCCCACAGCCUCCACUGGAUUAUGGAAACACAACACAAAAUGGUUCCCUGAUGAUGCUCAAAAUGCUGCUCUCUAAACUCAUUGGUACAAAUGGGUAUAACACAAGUCUCUCUGAUGAUCAAGAAGAGGACGAACUAGAUGAUUUAGGCACGUACAGCUUCAGCGGUGGCCGUAAGCACAUAUUACUCUUGGCCACAACACGGACAGGUUCCUCAUUUGUUGGGGAACUUUUCAACCAACACGGGGAGAACAUGUUCUACCUAUUUGAGCCUUUGUGGCAUGUCGAGCGCAUGCUGACCACGGCCUCAGAGUCAAACAACGGGACAGUGUUGUCAGGAAUCUACCGGGAUGUACUCCAGGGCCUCUUCCUGUGCGAUUUUUCUCUCCUUGAGAAGUACAUCGCCCCCCCACCUAAAGACCACGUUACCCCAGCUCUUUUUCGCAGAGAGUCAAGUUUAUCGCUCUGUGAAGAAUCUGUCUGCAGUCCUGUAGUCAAAGAUGUUUUUGAAAGGUAUCACUGUAAGACUCGGCGCUGUGGGCCGCUGAACUUUACCCUGGCAACUGAAUCCUGCCUUUCCAAGCAGCACCACGCCGUUAAGACUGUCCGUGUGCGCCAGCUGGACACGUUGCAGCCUUUAGUGGAAGAUCGCCGUCUGGACGUGAGAGUGAUCCAGCUUGUGCGAGAUCCACGGGCCAUCUUAGCAUCCCGCAUGGUGGCUUUCUCUUCAAAGUACCAGACUUGGAAGACCUGGGCGCAGGACGGCCAGGUGCCCGAAGAUGACGAGGAGGUCAAGAGGCUCAAAGCAAACUGCGACCAGAUUAGGAUGUCAGCAGAGGUGGGACUGAGCCAACCUCGCUGGCUGAGAAGGCGCUACAUGUUGGUGCGCUAUGAGGAUAUUGCCCGCUACCCCAUGCAGAAGGCAGAGGAGAUGUACAGGUUCACAGGGAUACCAUUUAGUUCCCAAGCUCGGGAAUGGAUCCUGAGGAACACACAGACCAUGCAGGAAGCUAGCGGGAUUUAUUCCACCCAGAAGAACUCAUCAGAGCAGGCAGAGAAAUGGAGAUUCAGCAUUCCCUUCACACUGGCUCAGGUAGUGCAGAGGGUGUGUGGACCCACAAUGAAGCUGUUUGGGUACAGGUUUGUGGAUGAUGAAAAGACACUGAUUAAUAAGUCCAUCAGUUUGCUCGAAGAAAAGCUCUUUCUUUAAUCCAGAGGUCAAAAUGUAGCUGAGAAUCUGGAAAACACUGCAUGCAAUGGAUGCAAUAAUGUCUUUUCCUGGUUUGGAUCCAUUGCAUGGACCAAAACUAGUAUGCAAAGGUGCCAGGAGACACAACAUGUUUUACUGGGGACAAAAAGCUAUUGACCAGAAUAUAAUAUUCACUCUCACCAAUGAUGUGCCUCAUUGAUACAAAUGAAGAGUCACUUCAGAAAGAGAAAUAUUUAUUUGUGUUCAGCGUUCGCUAAUAGGCCUGGUAUUUAAGCUUUACGUGGCGCUUUAAAUUAAGUUUUACAUUUAAAAAAAGGCUCUGAUGUCAAGCCUGACUUGUAAGGGAUUCUUAUGUUAUAUGUCAUUGAUAGUUGAUCAUCUCCUAAAGUGAAAUGAAGGUGGUGUGUGUUAACUUUGUGUGUGCGUCUGAAAGAGAAGAUGUUUCUGUUCAUAGUUGAUGAUGCUAGUGCUUAAUUCUGUCUAGUUAAGUGUAUAUUUGAUAUAUCUCAACUGAUAGAUCACUUUAGUUCAGACCUGGUGUGCUUUAAUAGAGAUUUACAUAUCCGACUCAGGUGAAAUGAAUGUGGCAUUUUGUGGUGUCUUGAUUGAUACAUCUCCGUAAAAGCACUGUGUACAAGUACAGUAUGAAUCUUAAAUCGUAUUAACCAAAUGCCAGUUAAAGCAAUUCAAAAUAUACCAUAAUAAAGAGGCUAAUCCAGAUGGAUAUUUAAUACUCAUUAGGUAAGAUAAAAUAAGUAGCUAUAUUAAUAUCUUACUUCAUAUACCAACAUGUGUCUUUAACAUACUGCAAGUGUUGUUUUUCCCCAAAAGCUAGUAUCAACAGCAGUAAUGCAUUUUCCAGUGCUGCCUACUCUCCUUUAAGAACACUGUUUAGGUAUUAUGUAACCAAAGCAGCUUCUGCACUGAUAUCCUGUGUGUUCACGGACACCGGGGACAUUCUUGUGCCAGGAGAUGUUUUAAUUACUUUACAAGUCAAAGACAUAAAAUCACCAGAACUUAUAAAACCUGCAAAAGUCUAAAUGCUUUCUCUUGAAAGUUAUUAGUCGGGAGAUUAAUGUGUGGUAAUGGCUAUCAUCACAACAAAAAUAUUAAAUUGUAACUGUAUUAAGGUGGCCUUUUAGUUUAAGUGAAACCCAGGUGCUGCUGUGUUAACUGUCACUCUUGAUGGUAUAUAAAGGUAUCCACUGUGACUCUAGCUCAAUGGUAGCAUUGUGUUCGACUUGGCUGAGGCUCGGUUGAAACUGCUGUGCUGCUCAUGGAAAGGGAUAUGCAUUAGAGGUACAUAUAGUAGAGGGCUUAUACUAACUUACUGUUUAAGACAUGAAUAUGAAUACAUUACAUACACAUAUGUACAGACUGGCAGGCCUCAAGCUGACCAGAGUCACUACUGCAAGUUUUUUGAUCAAAAGGGAACACUGUGAAGUGCAGCUGAAAUAAUGGACGCAGUCAGUCAACUAAUUCAGAUACCAAGGGAGGCAUUAAAGUUAUGCGUGACUGUAAAAAGUUAGGGGUUCAACCUUCAUUGAAUGAAAACUGUUCAUGGUGAAGAAAAAUAUCAGAACAAUAGCAGAGUAUUAGAAAGUAGCAAUUAUGAGUUGAGUCUUAAUUAUUGUUCAAGCAAAUCUUAACACAAGUCUGAGUAUCUUAAAUGAAAAGUUAUGGUACACCUCUUCAUCAGAGUUGUAAGUCAGAAAAUAAAAUGCCAUAUUUGAACAUUUUACUUCUAAAGCUCUUAAUAGCUUUUUGCAUAAAGCUUGGCAUCACAACUAUGUGUUCAAGUGGUGUGGCUAUGCAACGCUUUCAUUUUACUCAAGGCCUUAUUUUUGUGACUUAUCAGAGCAAAUCUACAGUUUCGUAUGAUGUCAAAUGUGUGGUUUCAUGUAAUAACUUCCUGUUUGUGUAUUACAUCUAGGUCACAGUCAUAUUGCUGUUUUAGAAGAAACUAAGGGCUAAAGCCAGACUAUGCUUAAACAUCUAGAAAUGUAUCACACAUAUGUAAAUGAAAGAGUUUCUAAUAUUGAAAAGGUGAUUAAAAUAAUGUUCUUGUUGUAAAAUG